AUGGAGGAGGAGGCGGAGAAGGCCGGGGCUGAGCCCAGGCGGCGGAGGAGCCGGCGCCACUCUAGCGGGCGUCGCAGCUCGGAGCGAUCGCCGAGUCCCGGCCGGCUGGACGUGAGCUCGCCGCACUUCGACCCGCUGCUGGCGCUGUACUCGGAGCGCACCCCGUUGCCUUACCCGGCCGCGCCCUGCUUCAACAAUCUGGCCGAGUACGAGAGCUUCCAGCGCGGCCUGCUCCGCGCCCCGGGUCGCCCGCGUGCAGCCGCUGGCCGCAGCAGCCGCUCCGCCGGGACGCGUGCUCGGAGCCGGGCCGGCCGGGCCGCCGCCGACCCCGAACGCCUACAGCGGCUCCGCAACCUCAUGCUGGUCAAGGAGCCCAGGCCGGAAGCGGCGGAGAGAGCGAGGGCGCGGGGCAGGAGGGCGCCGCGCAACGUUCUCACCAAGAUGCCCCUUCAUGAAGGCAGUCCACUUGGGGAACUCCACCGCUGUGUCCGUGAUGGUGUCAAGGUCAAUGUCCACAUCCGGACUUUCAAGGGGCUUCGUGGUGUCUGCACUGGAUUCUUGGUUGCAUUUGACAAGUUCUGGAAUAUGGCCCUGACUGAUGUAGACGAGACGUACCGAAAACCAGUGCUGGGUAAAGCUUUCUAUGUGGAGCCACAGUUGACCCUCACCAGAGUAAGUUCCAUUCUCCACAAUAUCACAGUUUCUCUGCUGUUUGAGAGACAGGAAACUAGUAGUGAAAGGAUUACGGACUUGCCAGCCCUUCCAUAUGAUCCAAGAACAUCAAGGAGGAAAUCUGAGUCAGGUAGGGGAAGAUCAGAGGAGAAACAUGGAGCAAAGAAGCACGCCAGCAGAGAGAGGACACGAAGCUCUAGUUUGCCGAAAGUCUCUGGGAGAGACACAGAUUUGCCCAGCAGAAUCUCCCAAGUAGAGGAGAAGAGCCUGGGUGGCAAAAGAGGCCGUUCCCGAAAAAGGCAGCGGUCCAAAGUGGAUUAUCAGCAAGUGUUUACAAGACACAUAAACCAGAUUUUCAUUCGAGGAGAAAAUGUCCUGCUUGUUCACCUGGCUCAUUGAUCUCAUUGACUGAUUUCAGCCAUAGCAGCUCAGUGGUGAAAAGAAACAGUAUUUCAAUUCUUUUUCCUUUUGGCCAAAAGAGAGAAAGGAUUAUAGACCUAGAGACUUGAGCCAAUGGUCUAUUUGAGUGGACUGGAAUUUAUCUACAGCUGAUGCCCUAAACCUUGGGAGAUACACAGGCUGUGUGGCUUUCAAAAUUGUACUGCUUGGAUAUGGAGCAACUUUCAUUAUACAGUAAAUAUUUAAAAUCUGCGGCAUAUACAGCUGGCUAAGUGGGUCUGGAAAAGCCACAUGGUCAUGGCAUUGAUACUUCCAUGAGAAAUGUGAACUGAGUUAAGGGACAGAAUGCUGAAAGCUUGUGAAAAGUUGCUGCAGCUGUAGGAAUUAGCUUGCUUGAAGCCAUCUCCCCCUUCUCCAUACACUAUGCAUGGGGGAGGGGCAAAGGACUGGUCCAGCUUUGCAUUGCAGGCCCUUAAGAGGUCCCAUUAUCAGAAGAUGAAUGGAAAGAAAAGAGUUUGCAUUGCAUCUACUGUAAUUUGAAAAAACUUUCCUCAGCAGUUCAUCUUUUUUUCUUUUUCGGUGACUGAAAAUAGUGUUUGACCUUUUGUUUGGUAUUUAUAAAAACUGAGCCUUCCACCCAAUUGUCUCUACUUGUUUUCCUACUCAUUUCUACCUGCAAACAAUAUGUGUGGCUUCCCUGGUUUGAGCUUGUUUCAGUGUAUUUUUCAACAACCCAGAAAUGGUAGCUGUUUUUCCAUCUGUUUUUGUGUCUUAACAAUAAAGACUAAGAUAUACAUAUGCAGCUUAAAAAAAGGAAACGUUCAAUGUAUGCUUGGUGUUGCUAUGUACU